AUGCUUUCCUCAAGCUUCGUUGCACGGCGAGGAUCAAGUCCGGUCAAGCAAGGCGCAGCGAAAGGAUCGAGAAUUGCCUUUGCGGAUUUAGUGUUGGCCUUGACCAACAUCGCCUCAACUCGAUGCAAGAAGGGGACCAUGCGCGAUAUAAAGACACGUGCUUGCGCUUGCGGAGCUCCUCACGACCAGAGUCCUGGCCACACCUGCGCCGCAGAUACCGACUCGUGUCCUCGAGAAACGUUGUCCGGCUUCACAGCACAACAAACCCAGCAGCUGACGGACGCUUUCGCCGACGCCAUGGAGCUUGCCGGCUAUGUCCGAUCUCCUGCCACGGCGACGAAAGUGGGACAGAUCUUUGAGCACUAUUUCAACCCAGUCGACCGAAAGAUGGUGGACAACGUCUACGAUGCCAUUCUCGGAGGCGAUCCCUCGCAUCCUCCGGGGAAUCCAUUGCUUGCCGAUAUCACUGUCGUGCCCGACUUCACGGAUAACAGGUACCCCAACCUGGUGUGCAAACGUGGAGUGAUGGCAGCCCUGAGAUAUCAAGAUACGGAUAAGCCCAAGCUUUUCCUGGCUUGCGAACGAAGUACUGUGGUCGGUCAUUUGUGA